AGUCGCAGGCGUGCAGCUGAGGCGUCGAAAUGGCGUUCACCGGCCGGCGUCCGGAGCACGGCGGACCCCCGGAGUUGUUUUAUGACGAGAAAGAAGCCCGGAAAUACGUUCGCAAGUGAGGGGAGCCCGAGUACUGCGGGGCGUCCGGGGGUCGGGAAGCAGCAAGUUGCCCCGGUUGCUGGCGUUUCCCGGAAAGCCCGUAGAAUUUGGGGGUGCGGGGAGGGAAGGACCCGGGUGGGUGCCAUUUCUGUCUCUGGUAAAUCAGCUUUAAAUUGCCGACCUCUCUGGGCCUCGGUACCUCAGCGUUGAGCUCACGGAUGAUUGAUAUCCAGACCAGGAUGGCUGGGCGAGCAUUGGAGCUUCUUUAUCUGCCAGAGAAUAAGCCCUGUUACCUGCUGGAUAUUGGCUGUGGCACUGGGCUGAGUGGAGGUUAUCUGUCAGAUGAAGGGCACUAUUGGGUGGGCCUGGAUAUCAGCCCUGCCAUGCUGGAUGAGGCCGUGGACCGAGAAAUAGAGGGAGACCUGCUGUUGGGGGAUAUGGGCCAGGGCAUCCCAUUCAAGCCAGGCACGUUUGAUGGUUGCAUCAGCAUUUCUGCUGUGCAGUGGCUCUGUAAUGCUAACAAGAAGUCUGAAAACCCUGCCAAGCGCCUGUACUGCUUUUUUGCUUCUCUGUUUUCUGUUCUCGUCCGGGGAUCCCGAGCUGUCCUGCAGCUGUACCCUGAGAACUCAGAGCAGUUGGAGCUGAUCACAACCCAGGCCACAAAGGCAGGCUUCUCCGGUGGCAUGGUGGUAGACUACCCUAACAGUGCCAAAGCAAAGAAAUUCUACCUCUGCUUGUUUUCUGGGCCUUCGACCUUUAUACCAGAGGGGCUGAGUGAAAAUCAGGAUGAAGCAGAACCCAGGGAGUCUGUGUUCACCAAUGAGAGGUUCCCAUUCAGGAUGUCGAGGCGGGGAAUGGUGAGGAAGAGUCGGGCAUGGGUGCUGGAGAAGAAGGAGCGGCACAGGCGCCAGGGCAGGGAAGUCAGACCUGACACCCAGUACACUGGCCGCAAGCGCAAGCCCCGCUUCUAAGUCACGACGUGGUUCUGGAAAGGCACUUGCCUCUGCACUUUCAUAUAUCGUUCAGCUGACAAAGUAGUAUUUUAGAAAAGCUCUAAAGUUCUAAAAAUGUUUUCUGCAGUAAAAAAAAGUUCUCUGGGCCGGGCGUGGUGGCUCACGCUUGUAAUCCCAGCACCUUGGGAGUCUGAGGUGGGAGGAUCAUUUGAGGCCAGGAGUUUGAGACCUGCCUGGGCAACAUAAUGAAACUUCCUUUCUAGGGAGA